CAGGGUGGAAAAAGAAGAGAAAGAGGGGCAGAUUGUUGCAUAGCAGAUCGUGACAUUUAAAUUAAUGUCAGCUAAUGUUUUGAAAAAUUUUAUCUUGAAUACGUAAAAAGGAAUAUGGAGAACGUCGACAGCCCGAGCUAUUUCCAAACGAUUUGGGCUCUGAUAGCUUCCGUAGGAUGGUAUAUCGUAGGGCUCUUGUUUAUUUUAUACCAUACAUAUCCAUAUAUUCAAGAGAAGUAUAAAAACUGGAGAUUUGUGAGAAACCAGCAUAAUGCUGCAUUUGGUAAAAAGACUGAUGAAUUACCACAAUUGUCAGCUAAUGUGGAGCUAACACGACAGAAAAUGCAAGAAGCAUAUAAUAAGAGUUGUGCCUUGGCACAAAUUAAAGAAGAAGAGGAGAAAGAGAAGAAGAGACAGAAGGUUGUAAAAUUAUUGGAAAAUAAAAGUGUAGGUACCAAGCUAGGUAGCGCAACAGAUGACGAAAAAACGACGGAACCUAAUACAAGUAUGAAAUCAAGGUUGCUUAAAUCAGAAUAUAAUCCUUUAAUGGGUGAUAAUUCUCGGGGAUAUCGGCCUCCAAAACGUACUUGUUGUAAAAAGGGUGGGUGUGGUUAAUUGCAGUUUUGCAGAUUCUUAUAAAAAAUCCCAUUUAUUUUUGUGAAACGAAUUUAAUUAAGUUGCUAAAAAUAAAAAGAAGAUAACUGACGCGGAGAAAAUAUACUUAAAAUGUGCAAUAUUCUAUAA